AUGAUGACUUUGCUGGAAAACCCUCAAAUUACGGCACAGCCAUCUUUCAAUAUUGCUCGAACGGUACCAGUUAAGAGUUCUUCAGAUGCGGCCCAAGAACCUUCCGUAACAUUUACCGAACUUCACUCGAACAAGCAAGAUGCAAAGUCUUACUCGAAGUUUUCUAUUGAAGAGCACCCUAUUGACCAAGUGAGACCUAUCAAAGUGGGUGUUAUUGGUGCUGGGCUUGGGGGCGUGACUGCCGGUGCAUUGCUCCCGGCUAAGUUACCUGGGCUUGACUUACGAAUCUAUGACAAGAAUGCAGAUGUAGGAGGAACAUGGUUUGAAAAUACAUACCCUGGCGUGCGCUGUGAUAUUCCUGCACAUGCCUAUCAAUCCACAUUUUCGCCUAAUACGCAAUGGUCUGAAGAAUUUGCUCAGGGCGCAGAAAUAAGAAAUUACUGGCAAAGUGUUGCACGAAAGCAUGAUGUUUAUCAAUACAUUAAGUUCCAGCAACAAGUGCAAAAAGUUGAGUGGUUAGAGGAUGAAGGGAAAUGGAAGGUCACUGUCGAGCAUGUGGAUGGCUCUAACAAAGUCUAUGAAGAGAAGUUAGAUGUCAUCAUUAAUGCGAUUGGUCAUUUCAAUGCGUGGAAACUUCCUGACUACGAAGGGAUUAAGGACUUCAAAGGAACACUCUUCCAUUCCUCUCAUUGGGACCAUAAUGUGGACCUGAAAGGAAAGCGAGUUGCUCUCAUUGGGAACGGAGCUUCAGGAUUACAAGUUCUCCCUUCGAUUCAACCUCUAGCCGCUCACGUGGAUCACUAUGCUCGCAAUCCAACAUGGAUUGCAGACUCAUUUAGCAGUGGAAAUACCGGUGUCCGUCGUCUGGAACCAAAUCUCUUCUCUCAAGAACAGCUGGACUCUUUCAAAGAUCCUCAAGAAUAUUUCAAGUACCGCAAAGAGGUUGAGACAGGAUAUUUCCAACGCUUCGGUGCGAUCUUCAAAGACACACCGGAGAACAACGAGCUGAAGCAGAAAUGGUCUGAACUGAUGAUAAAACGCAUCGCUGACAAGCCUGAGCUCGCGGACAAAAUCUUGCCUGAUUUCCCACCAAACUGUCGUCGACCCACACCAGGACCUGGAUACCUUGAGGCCUUGACCAAGGAUAACGUUGAUUAUAUUCAGACGCGUAUUCGAAGAUUCACGGAAGACAGUAUCAUUACUGAAGAUGGCGUCGAAAGAAAAGUAGACAUUGUCAUAUGUUCUACUGGAGCGAAUACAGAUCAUGCCCCACCAUUCUCAAUUAUUUCCAAUGGUAUUGAUCUCAAAUCUGCCUGGAAGAAGGAUGGUCUCUUCGGUUAUCCAUACUCAUAUCUUGGGUUUGCGACACCUGGUUUCCCCAACUUAUUCUGGGUCGGUGGUCCUUAUGCCUCAGGACACAGUGGUACUGUACCAAGCAGCAUGGAAAAUCAAAUCACAUACGUUGCAAAGGUUCUCCGAAAGAUCCGCAGCCAGGGAAUUAAAUCAAUUGCGCCAUCCAAGCAAGCGACUGAUGACUUUGUCGAGUACUGUGAUACCUUCUAUCCGCGUACUGUGUGGUCGGCAAAUUGCAGCUCAUGGUACAAUGGUAAUCAGCCUGGUGGAAAGAUUCAUGGCUUGUUUCCUGGUAGUGCAGCUGCUGUGAACUAUAUUCGUCGAGACCCUCGAUGGGAGGACUGGGAUUACACUUAUGUCAAUACUAGUGGUAAUCGAUUUGCUUACUUUGGGAAUGGGUGGACAUCAAGGGAAAUUAAGCCAGAAAAUGCCAACCUUGUUCCUCAUCUUUAUCUACCGGGGGAUAUUGAUUUGAGAAAACACAUGGAAGGCUGGUGGGAUGUUUAG